UAAAAUCCACACAAUAAAAGAUAAAAAAGAACGAACAUGCGAAAAUAAUGCGCAACUAUGCGUGCCUUUGGGCAAAUUACCUUGUCAUUAUACGGAAGUGUUUUGCGUGUGUUUGAUGUGAACUGUCUUUGCCAUUCAUCAGGAGCUCUGACCGUUUUUCAGUCAAUAUUGUUCUGAUCGUUUGUGCAGGAUAUUUCAAAUUUAGCCCGAGUUUUCCUUGCUAUAGCCUGUAGUGUAGACGGAGUUUAAAGCAGGGAGAAAAGAGAGAGGACAAACUUUCGUGAUGACAGAGAAAGGCAGUGGUGCUCCAGCGGCUCGGACGGUGCUGCAGCAGUGUCUGCAGGCCAGACUUCAGGUGAAACCAGCAGACGAACACUCUGAGGCUGAGUUUGUACAGGUCGACAGAGGAAUGGUGAUCUAUGUCUGUUUCUUUAAAGGAGCUACAGAUGAAAUCCUGCCAAAGAUGGUGUCCACAUUGUUGAACCUGCGCCUGUGUGAGACCGAUUCGGGGAAGUUCGCGUCGGUAUUGGAGCUUCCCGGCAGCGUGCUGAUCGUUCCUCAGGCCACGCUGGGUGGGAAGGCCAAAGGCAGAGGCAUGCAGUACCACAACAACAUCGGUAAAGAGGACGGACUACGGCUCUACGGCACCUUUGUGUCUCUGUGUGAGAAGGAACUGACUGCUGCUGCUGCUUCAGGUGAAGCUGAAGUGACAGUGAAACACGGGACAUAUGGAAACAGACAAGUGCUGAAGCUCGACACCAACGGACCCUACACACAUCUGAUGGAGUUUUGAGCUGCAGGGAAAUACAAAAUAUAUGUCUUUUUUAAUGCCAUAACGGUUAUUGUAAAUAUCUCUAAAUUUACAUCUAACUUGUAAAUACCAUCAAAAAAGACGAGAUACAAUCACACUGGAAAUGUCUCUUUUCUAUAAAAACUACAUUUCGAACUGUU